UACGUAUUACGCCUUUGUGAAAGACUAUUAUUAGUGACUCCAUUAUUUAUCGAUGUUUUACAACCACCACCUCAACAAGCACCCUAAGUUUGCAAUUUGCUUCCAGAUCCAGCAUUGUUUCUGCGGGAAAGAGGACUUUUAAGUGGAAAUAUUCGUGGAUAUAAACCGACGGAAUUGAAGUUUCGUGUUUGUGCUAUUAUGUACCAUUCUUUUCUACUGAGAAAGAGAAUUACGAGCUGAAUAUUUAGUCUGGUCGUGAAUAUCAACCGAAUAUCACUGGCUGCUGCGGUUAAAAUCGGGUAGAAUUGCCUUGAGCUGUGGACGUCUUUAUCGAGUGAUUUUGUGUGCCGAAAGCGAAUGAUGAUCACAGGCUCAGCUGCUCGCGUGUGAGAAGGCUGGCGGAGCUGAGACAAGAACAACUGAACAAGGACAGAAAUUUCUGUUUCGCAUUGAAGAUUUCUGUAGUUUAGAACCUAACAAUGGUGGAAUGCAAGGCAGUUUAUGCUUUCAAACCCAAAGAGCCAGAUGAAUUGGAAUUUAAUCAAGGGGACACAUUAUUUGUGAAGGGUCCUGAGCAAGAUGGUGCUGGUACGGGUUGGUUAAGAGCGAGGCUUCGUGGCAGGGAGGGGCUUGUGCCUGCUAAUUAUCUCACAAAACUACCGUCAUGGUUCUUUCCAACGAUAACAAGAAAAAAUGCAGAACUUCUCUUGAUGCAGGAGAGGAAUGGUGCUUUCCUUGUCAGAAGAAGUGAAUCGUCAGAAGGCCUAUAUUCAUUAUCAGUAAAGUACAAUGAAAGUGUACAGCACUUCCGAAUCCUGCAGGACACGGCAGGUAAAUUCCAUCUUUGGAUCGUCAAGUUCCCCUCUCUAGAUGCCUUGGUAGACUACUACAGAACAACAUCCGUCACAAGAGAAAACCAAACACCCGGUGUGAAGACCGGAAACGUGAUCACCCUGGUUGACAUGCAGCGUAUGGAACAGACCAUGCAGAAGUUCCCGCACCUGAAGAUGCUGAGAUCGGAUGGAGGGGGAGGAGAACCCAUGGACAACGGCUUCGCCCAGAAAGCACCCGGCCCCGGCUACAUUGGCAGCAACGGCCAGAGCGGAAGGCACUUCAGCAACGGAGGCGUGAAUGCAUCUCAGCAGCCCGUACACAAUAGCUGGGACGUCAACACAAGGCAUUCCCAGAAUAACAUGAUGCAAUCUGCUCCUAACGGUUGGGACUCAAGGAGAAAGCAACCCACAGGAGGUGUAACGGAUCAAAGACAGCAGAGGCUACAGGCUCUUUAUGACUUUGACCCUGAGGAAGAAGGCGAACUGUGUUUCCGCAAGGGGGACAUCAUCACCCUCAUCGACAAGCCCACCAAGGACUGGUGGCGUGGCAUGGUGGAUGGCCGCACUGGCAUGCUCCCGGCUCCCUAUGUCAAAGUCUUAUAAUAAUUAACACCAACUUUUGCUCCGUUAUCCUUCGAUGAUCGAACGUUCAAAGAAAAAAGACAUUUGACUCUGAUGAUGAUGAUGAUCAUGGAUGAAUGAAUUCAAAAUCUUACUUCUAUGCGGCGCAUUGAACAUGGAAUGGUGUGCUUGUAUUGCAUCGACAUGAGAGAACGGUGAAUGUGACACUGGAUAUCAUAGAUCCCAGUUCCUGCCAUGCCAUGGUAUGAAGUCAGCGACCCCCUGUGGCUUGCGCCAUCAAAGCUUGAUGAAAUGUGUUUACAUAUUUUAUUGAAUGGCAACGGUGUACAUGUUCUUGCACAUAGCUACAUGUAUGUUUCAUUUCAUAUGCCAACAUGGACUGUUAAAAAAAAAUGCUACACAUUGUAUUUAAUAUGUUCACUUUUUUUACAUGUAUUAUUGCAUAAAGCUUCAGUAUAUAUUGAAUGUUUUGUUUCCAUCCAUUUAUAAAUCAAGAACUUUUAAUCUAAAGAAUCAUGUACGCUUGAUUGAAAGUGGAUAGUGGUGUAUUGUUAUGGGAAAUAUGAUUCAACCAUACUUGUGCCGAUACCAGUUUUCUUCAGAGCUUUUUAUCCAUUGUUUAUACAUAGAUUAUCCUAUAUACUGAAUAUUACUGUUAAUGUUCAGUGAGAGCUGUUUUUAAAUAUGUAUUGAUCACAUGCCAAAACUUGUCCAUAAAAUGUAUAUUUUAAACAAAAAUCACAUUUCAGGCAUUUCGAGCACAAAUGCUGAAUGGGAAAGCCUAGAAGUCUUGAUAAAAGAGUGAAUGAAAUCAAAGGAGUAUUUAUAUCACCAAUCAGGAACUUGAAAUCUACAGGUAAAUCAUAUCUCGUCUUUUUCAUUUCUGCCAAAAUACAAACAUAGUCGAUGAAUUAAAGAUAUGUUUCCUCCAAUUUUUAAAAAAGACAAUGAAUUCCUUCAAAGUAGGAAAAACAGUUAUGAAAAAUGAACAGCCAGAUUGCCAAUUUCCAGGUGGCGUGGAGUAGAGAUUACAUGUUUUUCCUCACAUGUAGGAAGAAGAACCAUGGUUUUAUGUCAAAAUAGAAAGGAUAUUACCUUAAUAACAGGAAAUUGGGGGAGGGGAAGGGAGUAUAAAUCGUGCCAAAUUGCAUUUAAAGACGUUUGAUGUGAAGAGGUCUUGUAGCAUAACGGGGAAGUUGGCCAAGUUGGCGACAGUUCCAAAGGUGGUUGUUAGAGGCCUUUUGAAGUUCCUCCUUUACUUCAAACAUUGUGGAUGGCUUUGGGAAUGUCGGGAGUACCCGUCGCUUGUUGACAAUACUUUUCCUUUGCAUAGAUCACCAAGAUUGCGUUAGACUUCAAGGAGGACCUGUAUGCUUUCUACCUUGUUGUACAGGAAGGUGCUACAUGUAUGUUUUUGGGCUUGCUGCCAAACUCUGAUUUAGCAAGAGGAAGUCUGAAGGUCGGUCGAGUCUUUAAACGGAGAGGAGCAAGGGAGGGGUAGCGAGUCAACAAAAAACAUCCUUGCUGAUCUGAAUAGUGAAUGGGAUUUGGGUGUGCACGUAUGAAGCCAAACCUAUUGUCAUCUCAUGACGUACCAUCCA